AGGAAGAAAAUCGGAACGAUAUGCGUGGGGGAUGUCUCGUGCGCACAACCUAUGCCAAUGUAUUUUUUGCAAACUUCUUUUGGACUUUGACUACAUUUAUAGAGGGAAUUAGCUUCAUCUAUCGUCAUAAUCGACACCGGGUCGGAUUUGUCCUGACGGUUCUGCAGCCUGAAUGAGAUAAUAAUACAAAUGCCUGAAUGUUUACAUCCGGGUCACCAUUAGAUAAACUGGGAUUCAUCGAAGAGCGCAAUAGUGUUUCAUGGGAAAUACAUGAGGUUCAAGCAAAUACCAUCUAGGGAUUAAGGCCAUAUUAAAUAUGUCCAAGAUUGAGCGUCUCAAUGGCCGAUUGGAAAAGCUGCUGUCUCAAGCGGUGCAGGAGGUUCUGGAGGUGGUGAGAGAGACGGUGUCGGAGUACCAGGAGAAAACUGCCAGGACACAGAGGGAGAACCAGAGUCUGAGGAGGAGGCUAGUGGAGCUCCAGGACAAGAUGAACCUGGAGAGCCGUGGAACUGUGCCACAAAUUCCCCCUGCGACCCGGCAGGUCCAGCUGGAACGGAGAGAGAAAGAAGUGCUGGUAGAGGUCACCGAACUCCGCCCUACUGAUAAGGAUUCCUCUUAUUCAUUUGAAGAUACAGACUGCGAAGCAUCCAUCACGUCAUUAGCCGCCCCAUGCCUCUCCCCUGAAGCUGCCACAGGAUCACGACAGAGGAUAGUACCAAGAACUCUUAAAAAUGAGACUGAUUACCGACUGUCAACACCAACUACAAAUCAUGUAGACCCCGUUAUUGCAAUUGAAAUCAAUGAAGAUGAUUCUGACUUAUCCUUUACAUCAAAUAAAAUGAAAGCAGAGCACACGUCGGAUGAAGAGGCCACGCACAAACACACAAACUAUUUUUACGAUGAUGCCGCAACCAGCGCUGCAUCCUUACAAAGAUUAGAAUUGGCUCAAACCAAUUCAGGACUCUUCAACAUGUCAGGGGUCAUCUUCAGUCUGGGCCAAAAUAACACAGAAGAGUCACAGCCUCAAAGAUACAAUCACACAAACAGCAGCGUUGGUGCCGGAAAACAACACACCGCUCAGAUAGACACCGCAGCGGGCGGUUCAGCCUCCGGAGCUUUCCAGAGAAACGUCAGGGCGCAGUAUUGCUGCUCGCUGUGCGGUCGCACCUUCAGACACGCAGGUGACUACAAGAAACACAACAGGGUGCACACGGGGGAGAAGCCGUACUGCUGCUCGGUGUGCGGGAAGCGCUUCAGUCAGUCGGGCUACCUGACGGUGCAUCUGCGCUACCACACGGGAGAGAAGCCCUUUGGCUGCAGCCACUGUGGCAAAAGUUUCAGUCACUCAAGCAAUAUGAAGAAACACCAGCAAACGCAUCUGAUGUCUAAACUUGAACGUUUGAACGCUCGCGUGGCCAAGCUCCUGACCGAGGCGGUGCAGGAGGUCCUGGAGGUGGUGAAGGAGACGGUGUCAGAGUACCAGGAGAAAACCGCCAGGACACAGAGGGAGAACGAGAAUCUAAAGAGACGGCUGCUGGAGCUCCAGGACAAGAUCAAGAAAGAGAGCGCGCCUGUUCCCCCUGCAAGUGGACCACUGCCCGAAGAAAAACCCGACACAAAGAAUUGUGAGCAGGACUCCAGCCUCGAACGGAGGCACUAUUCGGGUAUCACUCUCACAGAGGGAAACCCUAUAAGCAGCCACACACCCGACAAUGGUGAAACGCAGGUGAACAAUGAACAUAAGAGCCACAAUAACGCUGAAUCACAAGCCAAGUGUCACUCAGCACAAACGUCAACAGAGUAUUGCAAAUCACAACCUGAGGACGCCAUGAAUGUCACAGAGGAGCCAAUGACAUCGGACAGUGCAAAUGGGGAUGCCGGUUCUUUCUCAUCUAACAACACGUGCAACACUCACUCUAGCAGUCAGCUCGAGGUAAACCUGGCGGCCGUCAAAAGAGAAGCAGAGCCAACGGACUGCAUGACGUCAGAAGCACUGCUGUCUCUUCAGGAACAGAACCCCGGAUGUGUGGACUUGAGCUGCAACUCAUCUCGUCACAUCCCAGCUCAAACCCUCCGGCUGCAAGUCGCAGCUCCGGAACCUUAUGGACUCAUCUUUGUCCACUCAAAGAACAGCAUGCCUAGGAGGCACGGGUUUGCAAAGCCCAACAGGGCCGCCUUCGACGUGAGGAAAUUCAAGAGGGAGAACUUCAGGGGAGACGAGUCGCACCCGUGCGUUGUGUGCGGAAAGACGUUCACCAGGAUAGGGAACCUGAGAAUCCACCAGCGUUGUCACACGGGGGAGAAGCCGUAUGGCUGCAUACAGUGCGGGAGGCGUUUCAGUCAGGCAGGAGACCUGAAGAAACACAAGCGGGUGCACACGGGGGAGAAACCGUACUACUGCAGCCAGUGUGGAAAGAGCUUCAGUCGGGGGGAGAAUCUGAAAAGACACCAGAAGAUCCACAUCGGAGAAACACUGCAGCUACAGCAGGCGUGGAGGGAUUAACAGUCAUGAUUAUAAUGCUACACUAUGCGCAAGUGGUUAAAAUCAGCACACUUAGAUUAUGAAUGAUGAUUUUUUGUUUUUGGUGUUUGGUGUAAGUUUGACAUAUUUAAAUACUAAGCUACUGGCUACAUGUAAAUGCUUCUCUCCUGAAAGUCAAUGGUGUGUACAAGUCUUAUCAUGUAACAGGACUGAACUUCACCGAACCAAAGAGGCUGAUGCUUUACAGAUGGAGAUGCAGUGAUAUAUAGGAAAACUGUCAGUAUCUGAAUUGGGAUUUGGUAAGUUGUGUGAUUUCAUGUAUGAAUUAUUUCAGGUAAAAGUUAUGAAGUAUUAAGCUGUUAGGUUUCGGAGGGUGAAAACCAUGCCAACAUGCUUCAAAGGACCUGUGAAAUUCAAAUAAUAAUAUAAUAUUAAUAUAUACAGCACUUUUCAAAACACAGUUACAAAGUGCUUUAUAUGUUGAAACAGUUUCAGGACUAACGAUAUUUAUACAUUUAAUGUAUAAAGUGCUUUAAACAAACAUUUUACAUGGGUUAAAAAAAGGAGAAAAGCUAAUGACUAUAAAUAUAAAAUACACAUUAAAAACUAAGUCAAAUAAGAUCAGGAAAUCAAAAGUAAUACAGAAAUAAAACAUUGAAGUAUUGUAUUAAAAGUACAGUAUUAAAAAUAUUCACAAUAGAAUACCAAAGGCAUGUAUAUCAGAAAAUGGUGCAUCAGGGUGAAUACAAGGCAUUUAAAAAAUAUAUAGAUUUAAGUUAAUUGAUUGUCCCGUCAAGGAUUUAUUACAAUCCUCGUGAUGUUAGUGCCGUUACAUCUGUAAGCGCACGAAAAAUUAUACAAUAGCACAAAUAUCAUUUUUGUUGGUACAAAACAUUUUGUCAGACUAUACGUGACAAUGUCUGCAGGGGUUUUAAGAUGAGCUGGCGUAAAUUGCAAAACUUACAUUUGUUAAAAGGAUUAAUGACAUACAUCUCUACUUGGCAGUAACACUAUUCAUUUUGGACUCAACAGAUUCAUUUCCACUGAGCCUUGGUCUACAGAGCAGUUUUAAAUAUUUUAAGAUGAUGAUGUAUUAUACAAAGUAACAUCUGUGUUUUGUCUACAGGGUAUUUUCUCUUAAAUAUGUUUUUAAAAAUCUGAAAGCACGAUUUCCAAUUAAAACAACCAGAUUUCCCUGAAUAACU